GGGGAAAGCGAGGGAAAAGAGGGAAAAGAUCCGGGAGAGAAGUAGGCGAGGACCAGGACGAGGGCGAGGGCACGGCCGGGUCCUGGACGGCCAAAGGAGGCUCGCGGAAGCAGCAGCCGCCGCCCGACCGCAGGGAUGAUGCAUUUUUCUGGAGUUAUCAACAUCAGAAGAAGGGAGAGAUACCAGAACCAGAAGGAGGGUCUUGUAGAGCAGCCUGCCUGAAGAGAAGUGCCUUCUGUUGAGGAGCACAGCCAGUCCAACGUGACCUAGAGAUAUGGAAGAAAACAGCAGUGUUACCAUGUUGGUGCCAGAUAUUGGGAAACAAGAAGCUGUAUUAACUACUGAAAGUGUCAGUCCUUCAUUGGAAGUUGAUGAACAAAGAAAAGCUAAAACAGACCCAUUAAUCCAUGUUAUCCAGAAGUUAAGCAAGAUAGUGGAACACGAGAAGUCACAAAAAUGUCUUUUAAUUGGGAAAAAACGCUCACGUUCCAGUGCUACAACACGCUCUCUUGAAACCCAAGAACUUUGUGAGAUUCCAGCUAAAGUAACCCAGUCACCUGCUGCUGACAUUAGAAGGGUUGAGCUGUCACAAACAAAUUUUACCCCUGACUCUCUUGCCCAGAAUGAUGGGAAAGCUAUGUCUUACCAGUGCAGCCUUUGUAAAUUUCUGUCAUCAUCAUUUUCUGUGUUGAAAGAGCAUAUCAAACAGCAUGGUCAGCAGAAUGAAGUGAUAUUAAUGUGCUCAGAGUGCCAUAUUACAUCUAAAAGCCAAGAGGAACUUGAAGCUCAUGUAGUAAGUGACCACGAAAACAACACCAACAGUUACACCCAAUCCAAAGCCCAACAGUGCAUGAGCCCCUCCAACUCCUUAUGUCAGAGAACCAUAGAAAGAAAUAAUGAAAACUUUCCUGACAUCCCAGUAAAUGUGGACCAUCCACAAACUCAUACUGUCCAAACUGCAUCCACAGCAGAAAUGGGUAGGAGGAAAUGGUAUGCAUAUGAACAAUAUGGCAUGUAUCGAUGCUUGUUUUGUAGUUAUACUUGUGGCCAGCAGAGAAUGUUGAAAACACAUGCUUGGAAGCAUGCUGGGGAGGUUGAUUGCACCUAUCCAAUCUUUGAAAAUGAAAAUGAGCCUCUAGGCUUGCUGGAUUCUUCCGUGGCUGCUGCACCUGGUGGGGUCGAUGCAGUAGUCAUUGCUAUUGGAGACAGUGAAUUGAGUAUCCACAAUGGGCCAUCCAUACAAGUGCAGAUUUGUAGCUCAGAACCGUUAUCAUGUUCAUCUCCUUUUAAACAGAGUGCAGAAGCAGGGGCACACCUAAGUCAGCCAGUUACCCUCAACCCUAAAGAGGAGGAAGAAAUGUUAGAGGUGAUUUCUGAUACAGAGGAGAAUCUGAUUGCUGAUAGCCUACUUUCAUCAGCACAGAAAAUCAUUAGCAGUAGCCCAAAUAAAAAAGGUCAUGUUAACGUGAUAGUGGAGCGUUUGCCGAGUGUUGAGGAAACUCUAUCACAGAAACAAUUCUUCAUGAAUGCUGAAACUGAAGAGGGGAAAAACCCGAGCCCGACAGAAGCCCAGAUUGGGUGCAAAAGAACAGAUGAUGUUUAUCACGCUGAGAAAUGUACUGUUGAUAUUGGGGGCUUGAUCAUAGGUUGGAGCAAUUCAGAGAAGAAAGACAAUGAGUUAAUAAGUAAAGGCCUGGCUACUGAUGAGAAUGCCCCACCAGGCCGAAGAAGGACAAAUUCUGAGUCUCUUCGACUACAUUCAUUAGCUGCAGAAGCCCUUGUCACAAUGCCUAUAAGAGCUGCAGAACUAACAAGGGCCAACCUUGGGCACUAUGGGGAUAUAAAUCUUUUAGGUCCAGAUACUGGACAAAGGCAAGUAGAUAGUACAUUGGUAGCAUAUACAAAAAUGAUGUCACCACUUAAAAACUCUUCAGAUGGAUUAACUAGUUUUAACCAAAGCAACUCUACCUUUGUAGCACUCCCUGAGGAUAAGCAAGAAUUGUCAGAUGGGCAAGUUAAGACAGGCAUCAGCAUGUCCUUACUCACCGUAAUUGAAAAAUUGAGAGAAAGGACAGACCAAAAUGCUUCAGAUGAUGACAUUUUGAAAGAGUUGCAGGACAAUGCCCAGUGCCAGCCCAACAGUGAUACAAGUUUGUCAGGAAACAAUGUGGUGGAAUACAUCCCCAAUGCUGAACGACCCUACCGUUGCCGCUUGUGUCACUAUGCAAGUGGUAACAAGGGCUAUAUCAAGCAGCACUUGCGAGUCCAUCGACAGAGACAGCCAUAUCAGUGUCCCAUCUGUGAGCACAUAGCUGACAACAGCAAGGACUUGGAGACCCACAUGAUCAACCACUGUAAAGCAAGAAUAUACCAAUGCAAGCAAUGUGAAGAAUCUUUUCAUUAUAAGAGUCAACUGAGGAAUCAUGAGAGAGAGCAACACAGUCUUCCAGAUACCUUGUCAAUAGCAACUUCUAAUGAGCCAAGAAUUUCCAGUGAUACAGCUGAUGGAAAAUGUGUUCAGGAAGGGAAUAAGUCUUCAGUCCAGAAGCAGUAUAGAUGUGAUGUGUGUGAUUAUACAAGUACAACAUAUGUUGGUGUCAGAAACCACAGACGAAUCCAUAACUCUGAUAAGCCAUACAGAUGCUCUUUGUGUGGGUAUGUAUGCAGCCAUCCUCCCUCUUUGAAGUCGCAUAUGUGGAAGCACGCAAGUGACCAAAAUUAUAACUAUGAACAAGUAAACAAGGCUAUUAAUGAUGCAAUUUCACAAAGUGGCAGAGUUCUGGGGAAAUCCUCUGGAAAGACUCUAUUAAACAGCAGUGAAGACAGAACUGAUCCUAUCACUGGAAGUUCAGAGAAUUUGGUGUCAUCUUCAGAGCUGAUUUCCCAGACUUCCAAUGAAGUUAUAGGUCCCAACGAAAAUGAGAAAAUGAGCCCUACAAAUAAUACCUCAUAUAAUUUAGAAAAAAACUCCAGUCUUGCCCCUCCUGGUAUGGAAUAUUGUGUUUUACUAUUCUGUUGUUGUAUUUGUGGUUUUGAAUCAACCAGCAAAGAAAAUCUCUUGGAUCAUAUGAAAGAGCAUGAGGGUGAAAUUGUAAACAUUAUCCUAAAUAAGGACCACAGUGCAACUGUAAACACAAAUUAGAUGGAAUAAUUACUUGAAGAGGAAAAUGGUAGAAGAGGAUUCCUUUAAACCAGUCUUACCUUUGAGCUGUCAAAUAACUUACCAGACACAGAAGAAAUAGUUGGGGUGAUUUUUGAGGAAAUGACAGAUGUGACUUUGGAGCCAGACUUUUAAUGCAAUAAAAGGAAUUCCACAUGGAUAAGUAGUAAUGAUAUUUAAAUAUUUUGAGUGAAGAGAAAUUGCUUAAGGAGGAAGCAGAGAUAUAAUCCUGUAUUAACCUUCUGUCAUCCCUUCUUAGUGUUGAGUGUAUUUAUUAUUAAAAGCUUAUUAUAGUGUAGAAAUGCAAGGAAAAGAGCUAAGAAAUGACUUUUCAGGAACUAUUCUGAAACUUACUGUUAUAAAAGUGUCACAUUCUUCAGAGGUUAGUUUUCUUCAUUCUCACUUUCAACAUGCCAACUGUAGAAUAACAUGCCUCUUGUGAGAAAUGGGAGGCAGCUCUCAGAGGGUUCUUUUUGGUGUCACCAACAGUCAACAAGGAAACAGUUAAUUGGAGGUCUUUAAAAUCUUUCCCUAAAGUGAUAGGAAUUAAUCAUAUACUCAAUCUAAGAUAUGUCCCUUUACUCGUUAAAAAAGAAGAGACCUCUAAAUCCAAAUCUGGAUUAUAAAUAGGCAUUUAAGAAGUAAAUUAUUGUCUUAAACUUACAGUGGGUUUCUUGUGGGCAAAGGAGGAAAUAGGUGAAUUCCCACUAGACUGAAACCAAAUAUCAAGUUCAUAGAAAUGGUAACUCGUUGAGCCCAGUGCACUUCUCAAAGGUUCUCUUCCGAGUGUUUCACAGAACACGGCACACUUUCUCCCUAGUUACUUACACUUUCUAAUCCUCUCUGCUAAAUGAGAUCACACCUGCUAUCUAAAAGAGUCUCUUAAAGCAACAAAGUGAUAAUUUGCAUUUGAUCAUCAGGCCUUGGAAAUAAUUUGAGCCUUGAGAUAAAAAUCAGUUGGGAGAUGAGGAGUGAAAUUCAUCAGUCCCUUAAAAUGAGUACUGCUACUGAGAUCUUCAUUCUCAGGGUUUAUUAAUUUAGUUAUAUUUAGCAGAAGAGGAAUAACCAAAUGUGACUAAGAUAUAGUAAAAAUUUAGGUUAUUGUAAAAAUUUUAAUAACUCACAGCAUUUGGCUAGUCUAUAGGAUUUCUCCUAUCUAGGAAAUUCUAUUUCCUUAAGAGUGUGAUAGGACAUAUGGAAAAUCAACUAAGAAAUGCUUUUGCAUUAAAACGCCAUCAAAGAGAUAUCAUCUUCUCCUUGUUAAUUACACAUUUUGUGUCAUAAUUAUUUCUAAGAGUGAAGAAAACAGGGGUUUUGCUUUAUAUUGUUUUGUUAAAUUCUGUCUACAAGUCAAAAUGCUGGUGCACAGUUCAGUGCACCAUCUUCACGGUGCUAUUUCUGAAUAUCUGAAUAUUCUGAAUAUUGAUUUCUAACAUCUAGAAUUGAUUUCUAACAUCUGUGACUCUGAUAAACUUAGAACCUUGAAUGGGAUACUGUGUAGACAGGCUUUAGGAAAGAAUUCUGUUCCCAAAGUCCAGGUAUGAAUUGAAGAAUUAAUAUUUUUAAGAUAGUAUUAGGAACUACUUAGUGGGGCCAGGCAUCUUGAAACAUUGUAUGAUUUGUUGUUGUUUUUUUAAUCUCAUUUAUAAUGAUAUUUAAAUAAACAGAAUUUAUUGUAAC